AGGUGCGCUUGAGGCACCUCGAGCAAUCCGAGCUGACCGUGACUUGUUCAGACCACCGUUCACCGACGAUCAUGACCCGCAACGUGCCAGGAAGGCGUUCAGGAGCGUAUACAGCGCUGAUCAAGAGCAUGGUCUCCCUCGACCGCCUCCACCUCCGGGCGCAAAAGUGGCGCCGCCGCUACCAGGGCACAGGCUCGUGGCGCACAAGUUGAGCUUGACAGGUGGGAGCUGAAUGCGGAGAAGAAGAGUUGAUAGAGCACAGGGCUGCCGAUGAAGUGCACCAGGGAGGAUAUCUAUGAGUGGUUAGAAGACCUGAGGGAAGCCGUGGCGACCAACUACAACAGGCCAGACAAAGGUGGGGGAUGACGAUACGAUGGCAUGCGACUAUGCGAUGACAUGCUGACCUCAAUCAGGAUUUGAAGGGGGAGUUGCGCUCUUCAAAGACCCAGACGGGUGACUGCUGCUGCGUCUUUGAGCUCCCUUGAGAGAAUUGACUUGCCUCAAGGUGGUUGACUGGCGAAGCAGUGAUCAAGUUUGUGGAUAAAGGUGUCACUCAACUUAUGGUGCUGUCGGUGAGACAUAUCAGAAACUUGCCUGGCUGCGAUGGCAAAAUUCAAUGGGAAAAUGCUCGGAAGGAGACGAGUCGCUUUGAAAUUCGUAGGCUGAGUUGUCCACGGCAUUCAACUGACAAAACUCAGGUGGUUGAAGACACCCCUCCCCCCCGAGGACGCCUGCUGCUGGUGGGAGCGAAGAAGCACCUGAAUUCUCAACACAUCAAGGCAUCUCGAACAUGUGUGCUGGUGAAGGGCUCAGCAUGACCAGAUUGCAGGCAUCUUUUUCAAGUUACAAGCUUGCACCAGAUGUAGAGCCAGAGCUGUUGUUGAACGAGGAAGGGUUGAUGACCGGAGAAGUCAUCCUCACGUUCCAAGACAUCCCCUCCGCUGUGCAGGCCCUGCAGUUCUUCAACUCGAAACCCAAUGACCUCUCUUUCAAGGACGCCACGAUGUUGCUGCCUCUACGUUUUGACGAACUGACGGAGAAAUGGGUAGAGAGUGAGAAUUCUUUUCAUGAAAAUUUAAGUUAGGAAAAAAAGGAUUACGC